UAGAAGAACCUAAGGAUACCUUUGGGUUUGGUGCCACCCAAGUGACCUCACGACUCUCGCGUGAGCUUGUUAGGGAUUUUGGACUUGGUUUAUUGGAAUUGAAGAUUUGUGAAGAUGCUGCAUCCUAUUCUCGUUGGAGGGAUCUGCACUUGACUGACCUUACAGAGAUCUCAACAUGAAGACAACUCUAGAACAUGAUAAAGACAAGUGAUUGCUUCAUAUCCGAGCAAGUGUGACCGCCAUUCCAGCCACUAGAAAAGAGGGGUAGCUAUGGGACAACACCAUAUGGAUGAUAGGCUUGUAAACCAACUACUAACAAUGAUUGAUGGCAUGGAAGUAUUGAACAACAUUUUUAUUAUUGCUACUACAAAUAGAAAGGAGCUCAUCGAUGAAGCCCUAUUGAGGGAAGGUAGAAUCGAACUACAUAUCAAAUUAGAGUACCCAGAUGAGCGAGGGCGCUUGCAAAUUUUGGACAUCAACACAAGGAACAUGAGACAAGCUUUUGUACUCGAUGAAGAUGUGAAUCUUCAAGAAAUUGCUUGCAGGACAGAUGGCUGUAGUGGAUCUGCCAUUGCAUCUCUAGUCACCCGUGCACAUUCAUAUGCUGUGGUCCAGACAGGGGAGAGGGGACUAGUUAAGCAUGCCCAGAAGGAUGUCAAAGUAACAAUGAACCACUUCCUCCAUGCUAUAGAAGAUAUUAAGUCUAGACUUCACGAAUCUAGCCUUGAACCAUACAGGAUGGAAAAACAGGAAAUGAUUCUACAACCGUUCAGCUCUAGUAAUUUGACUGAAGUUUUACACAUUCAUCAAGACAUUGCAAGGCUCAAGGAGGACAGUGCACAUUUUCAGGCUACACUUGCUUCUUACAAAAAGGAUACAGUCAAACUUGAGAAGGAACUUGAGACACUUCACUGUGCCCUUGACCGUAUGUGAGUUUCAAGUGGUGUUCGACAUUUUUGUUUGCUUGCUGUUUUAGAAACUAUGUUUGAAUUCGAAACUCUGUUUGGUUGUGAAUGAAUUUGUUAUGUAAACUCUAUUUAACA